AAUCUCUCAUACUCUGCCUUUUAUAAGCCGCUUCUCCUCUGCUUCAUCACCGCCAGAUACAAACCACCAAAAAUCCAUUUUUUCUCCAAAAAAAUCGUUUCCAAGCGUUUUCAGACAGAACACAACGAGUUUGCGGUUAUCUAGGGUUUUAACAUGGGAUUGUCGUUGAAAAGAGGCACCGGAGGCUUCCUCCUCUACCUUCUCGUGGGGUUUUCCGUCGCCGUAUUCUCGGUUUCUUACGUCGGAGAUACAAACCCUAAUCCUCAUCUCUCUUCCUCCUCCUCCUCUCCGCUCUCUGCCACCGAGAAAGUCUGGCCGGAUUUGAAGUUUAGCUGGAGGCUUGUGGUGGCUACUCUCAUAGGGUUUCUAGGAUCUGCGUGUGGGACCGUUGGUGGCGUUGGAGGCGGUGGAAUAUUCGUUCCUAUGCUCACUCUCAUUCUAGGGUUCGAUACAAAAUCCGCAGCUGCGAUCUCUAAAUGUAUGAUAAUGGGAGCAUCAGCGUCAUCGGUUUGGUACAAUGUGAGAGUACGUCAUCCGACAAAAGAAGUACCGAUCCUGGACUAUGAUCUUGCUCUAAUAUUUCAACCGAUGCUUCUUCUGGGAAUCACUGUUGGUGUUUCUCUGAGUGUUGUAUUCCCUUACUGGCUCAUCACCGUCCUCAUCAUCAUUCUCUUCGUUGGUACUUCUUCGAGAUCUUUUUUCAAAGGGAUUGAGAUGUGGAAGGAGGAGACUUUGUUGAAGAAUGAAAUAGCCAAACAGCACCAAGGCUCCACGGUUAACUCCAGGGGAGAACUUUUAAUAGACACAGAGUAUGAGCCGCUUUAUCCAAGAGAAGAGAAGUCAGAACUGGAAAUAAUAAGGUCUAACCUCAAGUGGAAACGGCUUCUGCUUUUAGUCACUGUGUGGUCAGCUUUCUUGCUCAUCCAAGUUAUCAAGAAUGAAAUCAAGGUUUGCAGCACAAUAUAUUGGGUGCUUUUCAUCUUACAGUUCCCAGUGGCUUUGGGGGUGUAUGGAUUUGAAGCAGUGAGAUUGUAUAGAGAGAACAAGAAGAGGCUAAGAAGUGGAAACACUGAAUCAAUCUGUGAGGCUACAAUAGAGUGGACUCCUUUGAGUCUUAUCUUCUGUGCUCUCUGUGGACUCGUUGGAGGCGUUGUAGGUGGUCUUCUUGGAUCAGGUGGUGGAUUUGUUCUCGGUCCGUUGCUUCUUGAGAUUGGAGUCAUCCCACAGGUUGCUAGCGCGACAGCUACAUUUGUGAUGAUGUUUUCGUCGUCCUUAUCCGUAGUUGAGUUCUAUCUCCUCAAGAGAUUCCCAAUCCCAUACGCAAUGUACUUGAUGUCGGUAUCGAUCCUUGCCGGUUUCUGGGGACAGUUCUUUAUAAGAAAGCUUGUAGCCAUCCUCAGAAGAGCUUCCAUCAUCGUCUUUGUCCUCUCAGGAGUCAUAUGUGCCAGUGCUCUCACAAUGGGAGUGAUUGGGAUAGAGAAUAGCAUUAGGAUGAUACAUAACCAUGAGUUCAUGGGAUUCUUAGGAUUCUGCAGCAGUCAGUGAAUCAUCCCCAAUUUGUUUAAAGAAUAUGUGAACAAAGUAUUUUCUUUUUAUUUAUUGGAUAAUUUCGGUUGUCCAACAUUAUUUAAGUUGUGAAAUUAGAUUGUACUGUUGAGUGGGGUUUGCUUGUACCCCAAGUCAUUUGUGAUAUCUGUUCCUUGGCCAUCGCAUCAGUUGGACCAUCUUCAGAAAAAUAAAAGAUUAUAUCAAACUUGAAAGUGUUA